AUGACCGCGGAAUAUGUGUUACGGUGCCUACUUGUGCUCUGCUUCGCGCUCCUCUCGGCCAACGCGAGUAAUUGGCUGUACCUGGCCAAGCUGUCAUCAGUGGGAAGCAUCAAUGAUGAGGAGACCUGUGAGAGACUACGAGGUCUCAUCCAGAGACAGGUGCAGAUCUGUAAGCGUAGCGUGGAGGUGAUGGAUGCAGUGCGUCGUGGGGCCCAGCUGGCUAUCGACGAGUGUCAGUUCCAGUUUCGCAACAGGCGGUGGAACUGCUCUACUCUGGAGACCAUGCCCGUGUUUGGCAAAGUGGUCACACAGGGCACGCGUGAGGCGGCAUUUGUGUAUGCCAUCUCAGCAGCAAGCGUGGCGUUUGCAGUAACAAGAGCCUGCAGCAGUGGAGAGCUGGAAAAGUGUGGCUGCGACCGCAACGUUCAUGGAGUCAGUCCAGAGGGUUUCCAAUGGUCAGGCUGCAGUGACAAUAUUGCCUAUGGAGUGGCCUUCUCUCAGUCCUUUGUAGAUGUGAGAGAGCGGAGUAAAGGACAGUCCUCCAGUCGGGCGCUCAUGAACCUCCACAACAAUGAGGCUGGUAGAAAGGCCAUCUUGUCACACAUGCGUGUGGAAUGCAAGUGCCACGGCGUGUCUGGCUCCUGUGAGGUGAAGACCUGCUGGAAGGCCAUGCCCCCGUUCCGCAAGGUGGGCAACAUCAUCAAGGAGAAGUUCGACGGAGCCACAGAGGUGGAGCAGCGCAAGAAAGGCAGCACCAAAGUCCUAGUGCCCCGCAACUCCCAGUUUAAACCUCACACAGACGAGGACCUUGUCUACCUGGACCCCAGUCCAGACUUCUGUGACUAUGACCCACGCACUCCGGGUAUGCUGGGCACGGCGGGUCGCCAAUGUAACCGUACCUCCAAAGCCAUCGACGGCUGUGAGCUGAUGUGCUGUGGCCGUGGCUUCCAGACAGAGGAGGUGGAGGUGGUUGACAGGUGCAGCUGUAAGUUCCACUGGUGCUGUUACGUCAAAUGCAAACAGUGCCGCAAGAUGGUGGAGAUACACACCUGUCGGUGA